CUGAAGUGCCACGUGCGACUGCAUCUUCAGCUUCAAGUGAAUCCGACUCUGCGUGUGACCGCGACCAUGCCAGGACGAAAGUCGAACGUGUCGACGGCUUCGAAUGGGCCAGAGGAGGUUUCCGAAGGCACUCCAGCUGCAGCAACCAAAGCCAGCAGCAGAGAAAAGGAAGGCUUCAGCGUGGAGGACUUGUCGCUGCCCAAGUCGAUGGUUGCUCGAUUAGCAAAGGGAGUUCUUCCGGCCAAUACGCAAAUACACAAAGAUGCACUACUGGCACUGCAUAAGAGCGCCACAGUGUUUGUGAAUUUCAUUGCCUCCAACUCGAAUGAUAAUGCACAAGCUGCCGGCAAGAAGACAAUAGCGCCGCAAGAUGUUAUGGCAGCUCUCAAAGAUUCAGAAUACGAGAGUUUUCUGCCACGCCUGGACGCCGAGCUGAAAAAAUACAACGAGAUGCAGUGUGACAAGCGCAACACGUAUCGGCGAAAAGUCAAGGCGGACAAAGAUGCUGCUGCGGAGAAGGAACCUGGCGAAGGCGACACCUCCGAAGUCGCCAAAGAUGGCGAAGCACCCGCAUCAGCAACAAAUGGAAGUGCUGCCUCCAAAUCUGCCAAUGGCAAUGACAAUAACGUGGGCAGACCGACCAAGAAGCUCAAAGGCGAGAACGGCACAGCAGUACCGAAGGCCGAUGCGGAGAUGAGAGAUGAUGAUGACGAUGAUAAUGAUGAUGAGGACGACGACAACGACGAAGACGACGAUGAGCAAGAUGCUCACGAACAGGAAGAAGACGAAGGAGAGGAUGGUGCGGAGGAUGAGGAUGUGGCGGACGAAGAAGAGUCGCAAGACGAGCAGAUGGUGGAUGCUUUGGAGGAGCAAGAUGAAGACGCCAGCGGCAUGCGAGAUGAAGCGUUGGACGAUCCCGACAGCGAUUAG